AUGGCAUCGUCAUCGUUUUGCAUUAGCCUGUCAGGAGCCUCCUAUGUGGUUGUCACUGGAGCAUCCCAGGGUAUUGGCAGAGCUAUCUCUGUUGAAAUCUCCAAACAACUUGGGCCAAACUCUCUAAUGCUGCUGUUGGCUCGUAACAAGCAAGAACUAGCCAAAACUGCAAGCCUAUGUGAAUCUGAUGAUGUAAAAGUUGUGUAUGAAUCUAUAGACUUGUCUAAGGCAACAGUAAAAGAGAUGAAUGAUGUCCUCAAUAAUUCCAUACAAGGAAGGAAGCCAUCAGAUUUUACCAACUGUAUCAUUUUCCACAAUGUGGGUUCAUUGGGCAACUUGUCAAUUGAAACCGCCCGCAUGGAAGAUGUAGAGGAGUUGCGACAAUAUUAUGAUCUGAAUGUGUUCCAAGUAAUCGCACUCAAUACUCAGUUCCUAAAGAUGUUCAAGGAAUUUGAAGAUAGAAUUAUAAUUGUGAACAUAACUUCUCUGUGUGCUAUCAAACCUAUGGGUGGUAUGGCGUACUACUGCAGUGGUAAGGCGGCCAGGGAGAUGUAUUUCAGAGUGCUUGCAGAGGAGAAGAAGCAUAUCAAGGUGUUGAACUACUCACCUGGCCCGGUGGAGACGGCGAUGAUUGACUUUGUCCUUGCUGAGGCUGUUAAUGACAACUUGAAAGAUGUAUUUCUGUCAUUCAAACAUCAAGGUACGCUGUUGAAACCGGAGAUAACGGCUAAGAAAUGCAUGAGGGUUCUGCUCUCUGGAAGGUUUGGCCCGGGAGAACAUGUUGACUAUUUCGAUGACGAAUAAGAUUUAGACUUUUCUACGUAUUUAACAUUUAUAAGCUCUCUCACGUAGUUUGCUUACUAAACUUGCCAAAUUGUUGUUAGGAAACUGUCUCGGGCAUAUCUUUAGACAUAUAACUUGGUAUUUCUUUAAUUAGAUACAAUAUACAUACUUAAAAGGAAUUUUUUAUAAACAAAGUUAUCGCCUUCGUAUUUAUUACCUCUCUUAUAGAUGUUUGUAUCUUUGUAUAUAAUUAAAACAUAAUAAUAUAAUAAAAUUGACUGUCAUAAUAAUACAAGGGGUUCUAUUUUAUUUAACAAUAUCGUGCAGUACUUAAACUAAAUCACUUGUCUAAUGACAUUUGGAUGCAAAAAAUUUGAAGUUACAAUAAGCUAAAAUUGUGCAAUAAAAUAGAGUCUGUAACUAAUACAUUCCAUAAUAUGUGUAAAAUCUAUGUAAACGGUUUAUGAAUGCAAUUCAUAUAAAAAUAAAUGCUUGAAAUUUA